AUGAGAGUCAUGUUCCGGAAUAUCAGAGGCUUGAAGAGAAUGAGAGCCAAAGAUAAACUUAUAAAUUUAGUUAAACAUUUUAAUCCUUCAUUACUUUGGAUUGCUGAGCCUAAAAUUAGGACUUCUCGAAAUUAUGUUAAGAAUUUGAGGUUGCCAGGUAUGAAUCAGAUGGUUAUACAUAAUGCAUUUAAUGGUAGUAAGGCUAAUAUAUGGUUAUUCUGGCAUGAUUCCAUUUCUACUCCAAAUGUUAUAUCAACAACAACACAAGCAAUAACUGUUAAAGUUGGAGAAGUACUUGUAACUGGAAUUCAUGCAGCUUGCUUAACUGUAGAUAGAAGACAAUUAUGGGAUGAAUUGGUGAAGAUUCAAGAUAUGAAUAUGCCAUGUCUUAUAAUUGGUGACUUUAAUGUAGUCUUGAGUAGUGAUGAAAAAAUUGGUGGUAGAAGACCUCUAAGGAUUGGUAUGAAAGAGUUUAGAGAGUGUUUAAAUAGUUGUGAACUAAUACAAGCUCCUAAAACUGGUAUAAAAUACUCAUGGUGCAAUAACAGAGUUGGGAAGAAAAGAAUUUUAUGUGAUUUAGAUAAAGAUUUCUUUAAUGUUAAGUGGCUGGAGAAAUUUGAUGGAUGGCAAUAUAAGGUGGGUACUAGAGGGACUUCAGAUCAUGAUCCCAUAAUGGGGAAGGCAGUGGAGAUUCCUAAACCAAAAAACAUUCCCUUCAGAUAUCAAACUGUGUGGACUUCUCAUCCUGAUUUUAUUAAUGUAAUCAAAAGUUCUUGGGAAGAAAGUGUAACUGGAAAUCCUGCAUUUGUGUUCAUGGCCAAGUUAAAAAGAUUCAAAGAAUUUAUUAAAAAGUGGAACUGGGAGGUAUUUAGUGAUUUAAGAGUAAAAAUGACUCAAGCUGAAGAAGAGGUGGAAAAGGCAGCAAUGGUUUCUGAUACAAAUCCAGAGAAUAUUGAAUUACUUAAUGUUUUAAUAACAGCUAGAAGAAAACAAGAGAUAGUUGCCCAACAAUUUAAUGAACUUCUGAGAACUAAAGCUAGAGUCAAAUGGAUAAUAUCUGAAGAAGACAAUAUGUUUCUGGAUGCAAUUCCUUCUACUGCAGAAAUCAAAGAGGCUGUAUAUGGAAUGGAUGCAAAUAAUUCUCCAGGCCCAGAUGGAUUUCCUGGAAGUUUUGCAUAUUUUCCUGGAGUAUAG